AUGGGCUCGGGAAGCUGGUUACUGUGUUUGUUCAUCUUUGGAAUUCUUGUGGCAUCGUGUCCUGGUGUUGGACAAUGUGGGAGUGGGAUUACAAUCAACGUUAUACUGUUGGAUGAUGAGGACUCUCCCUGGAGCCUCCAGUAUGUGGAAGGACAAAUACUGAAGGCCAUAGAGAAAGAUUCAGCCAUUAAUGCUGCCCAGGCUGUGACUUUUAACCUAACUGCAAAUUUCAGUGGGUUUGACACAACCUUAUACUGGCACCGAGGCUGCCGGAGCAGUUCAUGUGAAGCAGUUGCAGAGCUAAACAGCCUGACGGAAUCAGGAAAUCUGGGAUGUGCUGUGCUUGGACCCACGUGCACCUAUGUUACUUUCCCAAUAGUGGAUAAGGAAGCCGGCAUGAGUCUCAGUAGACCCAUUUUGUCAGCAGGAAGCUUUGGUCGCUCGUGCGACUACACCUUUAACUUGCAGCGACUCCUGCCACCUGCACGCAAGAUCGCUGACUUUGUUACCCACUUCUGGAAAGAAAACAAUGAGCUCAAACCUUCAUGGAAGGCAGCGUAUAUUUAUAAAAGAACGAACCCCACAGAGGAAUGCUUUUGGUAUGUAAGUGCAAUUGAAGCGACGGUGGAACCGCUUGCCUUAAAUAUUUCAAUAAUGCCUCUACGCAGUCCCGCAGAACUGCACAGCGCGCUUACAUCACCCAACAGGACAUGCAACUUGUUCAUCAUGUGUGGCUCACCAGUGGACCUAGUGGAAAUUAAAAAUGGCUCUAAGGCUGCAGACAGCAGUGAUAUCGUCUUCAUCCUCAUUGAUCUUUACAGUGAUGUAUACUACACCAACACAUCGUCGCUGCCAGAAAUGAAGAACGUGUUGGUGCUUACCAUGCCGAACACCCGAAGCUACAGAAUCAACCCAAACCUUAAAGACAACAACACGAUGAACGACUACAUGGCUGCAUACCAUGACGCAGUGCUCUUUAUUGGCCAAGUGAUGAGAACAAUUUCUAAACAAAAUAAGUCUCAGCUUCACAGGACGGAAUAUGUGAAUGUAAAUUACUUCAGAAACACCAAAUUUACUGGGAUUGCUGGGAAUUAUACGCUGGACGAGUACGGGGACAGAGACGUGGCUUACUCAAUCAUCUACACCACUACUGACAGCAAGUACGAUAUUUUAUUCACAUUUGACACGGAGCGCAACAAAACCACAGUGGUGGAGGAGGCUCCUAAAUUCAUCUGGGGGAAAAGACUUCCCAAUAACACGCCAGACAGCGGCCCUGCAAUUCACAACAUCAUUGUGAUUGUGUUGGCUGUUACUGUGGUCGUAGUGGCCACGAUCGCCUUUAUUUUCUACAGACAGAACAGAAGAGAUCGACUGCUCAGGAAGCGCUGGUCCCACAUUAACUCUGAUCUCAUCACGCUGAUGGAAAAUGAUGACAUCAACGUCAUCUCCCUUAAUAUUGAGAGUAAGAAGAAAAAGAAGUUCAAGAUCCGCUGCGUGCUCUACGAUAAGAAGAUUGUGAUCUUGAAGGAGCUGAAGAACUCGGAUGGGAACUUUGAUAAAACCCAGAAAAGGGAGCUCAAUGCGCUACUGCACAUCGACUACUACAACCUCACAAAGUUUUACGGCACAGUCAAGUUAGAUCAUGGUGUCUUUGGCGUGUUUGAGUAUGGCGAGCGAGGCUCGCUCAGGUAUGUGCUGAAUGACAAGAUUUCAUACCCAGAGGAGACCUUCAUGGACUGGGAGUUCAAGAUCUCUGUCAUGUACGACAUCGCCAAGGGCAUGUCUUACCUCCAUGCCAGUGACAUUCAGGUUCACGGUCGCCUCAAAUCCACCAACUGUGUGGUGGACAACCGCAUGGUGGUGAAGAUCACAGACUUUGGCUGCAAUGCUUUUCUUAGCCCCUUCCAAGACUUGUGGACAGCUCCGGAGCAUCUGAGGAACCAGGGCACGUCUCAGAAAGGAGACGUCUACAGUUUUGCCAUCAUUGCGCAAGAGAUUGUUCUCAGGAAGAACACCUUCUACACGGAAUCCUGCUCUGACCGAUCAGAAAAACUGUCCAGGCUCAUGUCAUCCUACUUCAGACCUGAUCUUAACUUUGAGACGGCUUCAGAGAAAGAAUUAGAGGUGUACACGUUGAUAAAAAGCUGCUGGGAUGAGGACCCAGAAAAAAGACCUGACUUUAAGAAAGUGGAAAUUUAUCUGGGGAAAAUCAUCAGUAAAAUCCAUAAUCAGGAAAAUGAGAGCUACUUGGAUAACAUGAUCAGACGGCUGCAGAUGUAUUCCAGAAACCUGGAGUACCUGGUGGAGGAGAGAACGGCCCUCUACAAAGCUGAGAGGGAUCGAGCUGACAAUCUUAACUUUAUGCUGCUGCCUGGCCCGGUGGUUAAAAGCCUGAAGGAGACCGGGGCUGUGGAGCCAGAGCUGUACGAUGAAGUUACAAUAUAUUUCAGUGACAUAGUUGGCUUCACCACUCUGUGCCAGUACAGCACGCCGAUGGAAGUUGUGGACAUGCUUAACGACAUCUACAAGGGGUUUGACAGCAUCGUCGACCACCACGAUGUGUACAAGGUGGAGACAAUAGGGGAUGCCUACAUGGUUGCUUCUGGUCUUCCAAAGAGAAAUGGGAACAGGCAUGCAGUGGAUAUUUGCCGCAUGGCGCUGGACAUCUUGGCAUUCAUGGGCACCUUCCAGCUCCGACAUCUUCCUGGUAUUCCUGUGUGGAUACGAAUCGGUGUACACUCAGGUCCCUGUGCGGCGGGCGUUGUGGGAAUAAAGAUGCCCAGAUAUUGUUUAUUCGGAGACACGGUCAACACAGCAUCUCGUAUGGAAUCUACAGGACACCCCCUGCGGAUCCAUGUCAGUCAGCCUACCAUAGAUAUCCUGGAGAGAACAAACUGCAAGUUUGAGUAUGAGAUGAGAGGGGAAACAUACCUGAAGGGUAAAGGCACAGAAACAACUUACUGGUUGACAGGUGAAACUGGUGAAGACUACGAUCUUCCUACUCCACCCACAACUGAAAACGUCCAGCGGCUUCAGCAGGACCUCGCCCACAUGAUCUUGACGUGUUUGGAGCGUCGCUCGCGAGGUUCCGUGCGAAGGAAGAAGCUGCCACCAAGUCAGAGCAAGGAGGACACCAGCGACCAGGGGUCAGAGGUCGAGUCUGAGAGCAGCCUUCCCGAGUACCUGCAUCUAGCCACUGUGGAUAACACACUCAGUACCUUCCUGUAGAGCAUGCUGUAACUAUUUGCCUGUUAU